AUGUCCGAAAUCGAAAAACACUGUGACGCUCAAUAUGAUGUUCAAAAAAGCAUCAAAAUAUGGGGAUUGCAAAAUGCCGAUGAAAUUAAAUAUGUGCGACAGCCAUGCAGAACUAUUCAGAAGGAAGAGGAAUGUAACAUUAUAACACUCGGCAUUGGCUUUGAUACAAAAGCUGAAGAAAACUUGAAACGAAAAGUGUCAAAAAUGUGUAAAUUUUUUGGUGCCGACCCAAUUGAGAGACGAAACAAAAAAUUAUAUCAAAAAAUAGGAAAAUAUUUUAAAAUGGCUGUAGCGGCAACUAGCGGGGACAAAACGGCUUCCGUUCUUGGAUGUAAGUCAAUCAAUUUCACAGUUCUACGUGUUACUUACCUGCUAGCGUAA